ACCCCUCUCUCUCUCUUCCAUCGUCUCCUCCAUUUUCACCACUGAACCAGAAACCAUAAACACAACUCAAAAAAGCUUCCAUUUUUUUUUGUUCCGUGUGCCCUCUGGGGGCAAUGUUCACAAGCGGUAACAUCACCGCCAGGGUAUUCGAACGACAGAUUCGAACUCCACCACCGAGCGCUUCCGUGAAUCGUUCAAGACUCUUCUACGAAAACCUAGUCCCAAACUCAACACUCUACGAUGUCGAAUCACCCGAUCACUGUUUCCGCAAAUUCACCGAAGACGGUCUCUUCCUCAUUAGCUUUUCUCGUAACCACCAAGAACUCAUCGUCUAUCGUCCUUCUUGGCUCACUUACUCAACAACACAAGACGAUUCCACCGCACCUCCUCCUCCUUUACCUCGCCGUGCUUCUAGAUUCGAUAGCUUCUUCACUCAGCUCUACUCAGUCAAUCUCGCUUCAGCUAACGAACUCAUCUGUAAAGACUUCUUCCUAUACCACCAAACUCGUCGUUUCGGUCUUUUCGCUACUUCUACAGCUCAGAUCCAUGACUCUGCUCCUUCCCCUGACGCUGUACCUGGUGUUCCUUCGAUUGAUAAGAUCACUUUCAUACUUGUUAGAUUAGAUGAUGGUGUUGUUCUUGAUGAGAGAGCGUUUCAUCACGAUUUCGUCAAUUUGGCUCAUAACAUGGGUGUGUUUCUAUAUGAUGAUCUUUUAGCGAUUCUUUCGUUGCGUUAUCAGAGGAUUCAUCUUCUUCAGAUUAGGGAUUCUGGUCACCUUGUUGAUGCUCGUGCUAUUGGUUACUUUUGUCGUGAGGAUGAUGAGCUUUUUCUUAAUUCUAGCUCUCAGGUAAACUGAGGACUACAGUUAUU